GACUAUUGUAGCUCAUAGCACAACCUCUUCCGCCACACGCUAAAAACACAGUCGCCUGCAGUCGCUUUAUUACUUACAUCUCCAAGACAACGUAUUAAAAAAUCCAUUAAAGUAUAUCAUGGCCCAGGACGGGGUGAUUCUGCAGUUCAACUUUCCCACGUUUGGGGACUCCAUGCUUCAAAAGAUGAAUGCUCUUCGAAGAGACCGACGCUUCUGUGAUGUCAUCGUGCGCAUCAACGAUGUAGAAGUACCCGGACACAAAGUGGUGUUUGCUGCCGGCUCCCCAUUCCUAAGAGACCAGUUUUUCCUUCAGGACUCGAAUGAAAUACAAAUAUCCACACAACAAGAUGCAGAAGUUGGACAGAGACUUCUUCUCUCCUGCUACACCGGGACACUCGAGUUUCCCGAGCUGGAAUUAGUACACUAUUUAACGGUCGCCAGUUUCCUACAGAUGGGACAUAUCGUAGAGCAGUGCACUGAAGCUUUAAAUAAAUUCAUUAAACCACACGAGGUCAAAGAUGAACGGGCAUCGUCCCGGCAGCCUUCGGACUUCAAUGCGCAGCGUGAUGCGCCUCUCGUGGAGACAGUAUGUGAUGAUGAUGAUAAUGAUGAUGAGGUGGUCAAUGAAGGGGAAGAUGAGUUUGAUGAAGAUGACGAUGUAAUCAUAGAGCCAAAAUCUCAGCCAGCGUUUAGAAACACUCAGAGAAGGAGUAGAGAAGAGGAUAGUCCCAUUAGCAUCAUUAAGGUGGAGUCGAUUGAAGACCGGAUGCAAGACGUCCCUGAUAACUUCCAACGCUCAUCCCGUUCUCCGGCACUGCGCUCACCGGAGCCACAACAUUCCCUGAUUAACUCUACAGUUGAAACACGCCCCACCGAGACCGCCGCUAACCCUGUGACUGAAUAUCCGGUGUCCCCACCGGGACCCAGCGGAUCCGGGAAGGGGAAUCUUUGGGGGUGCUCGCGAAAUGGCGAAAAAGGCAUGCAGUGGUUCCACCAGUGCCCGAAAUGUGCCCGUGUAUUCCGCCAACUAGAAAACUACGCUAAUCAUUUGAAGAUGCACAAGUUGUUCAUGUGCCUCUUGUGUGGAAAGACGUUUACCCAGAAAGGCAACCUGCAUCGGCACAUGCGCGUCCAUGCUGGCAUCAAGCCCUUCCAGUGUAAGAUAUGUGGAAAGACUUUCACUCAGAAGUGUUCGCUGCUAGACCAUCUGAACCUUCACAGCGGGGACAAACCGCACCGUUGUAACUACUGUGACAUGGUGUUCGCACAUAAACCAGUUCUCCGCAAACACCUCAAGCAGAUUCACGGCAAGAACAGUUUCGACAAUGCCAAUGAAGGCAAUCUGAUAGAAGGACUAUGAAAGU